AUGGCAAAACCUCAGUCUUGUACGGAUUCAACUGCUGCAGUGCCUGUGUCUUCUGCCAUUGGUACUCAAUGGAAAUCCUCAGAACCUGUAUUUGAUUCUAAUCUUCCAAAUUCAACCAUUCAAGCAGGUUCCAUUGGGAGCCCAUCUCUUUCACAUUCACUUGGAAAUGAGCCAACACCACCUACUAGUCAAGGGCUAGGUCCAAGACAGUUGUCUGGUAGCUUAUCUUCUCAUGGACAUAAUGUUGGGACUCAGUGGCAGCAGGAGCAGCAGCAGCCGCCGCCAUCCCAACUAGUACAACAGUGUCCUACACUGUCAGCUGCAUCUCAACAAUAUAUGCAACAAGAACAACAGCAACAACAGCCAGAACAAAAAUCUCCGCAGAAUCAACUGCCACUGCAACAGCAACCUCAGCAGCAAAUGCAGCAUCUGCAAGGGCAGGGAAGCUUAUAUUUGAGGCCUGCUAAUUCUAAAGCAGAAUGA